GCAAAGAAAAAUGAAGAUGAAGAAAUAAAACGAUGUCAAGACCUUGCAUAUACUCGAGAUCAACUUGUAGAUGUUUUCUUAGAUUUUCUGGACCCUUAUGAAGAUUUCGACAGUGCUGAACCAUGCAAACAAGAAUUAAAUAUAAAUAUUGCCGUCUUUCUUAAUUCAUUUAUCGAUCGUAUUGAAACGACAAACGAAAAUGAAAUUCUUAUUACUAUCAAACAAUCUCACGAACUAGCUUAUAUCCGUGUUCACCAUUUAACACAUCCGCGACCUCAAUCGAUUGCAGUUUCGUCUGAAAUUAAAGA